AUGCAAAGAACAGCUUUCAAAGACUGCAUGCGCUUCCCGGGAUGCGGCGAUGCGAGUAAUCUGAAUGCUGGCGUUGACCAAUUCUUCAGCGUCAUGAACGCCCUGAUUCAAUCUGGAAGAAGGCCAAAACGACUUACCGUGGACGAAGUGACCUGGCGUAUCUUCACACCAGAGAAGCUGAACCAGUGCUCAAUGCGCGAUGUCAUGAGCACUUUGAAGGAAUUCCGCCUAGGCAUUGGAUGCUGUGACGACGAACUGCCUGAUCGAGAGGAAGAGAUCGUCGAGGAGGCUUCGUUCAUGAUUCGAAAUGGCGUCCUGAAGACAUGGCUUGGUGUCGCCUCAGAGUUGCGUGUCUUGAAGCUGAUCAUGCCCAUGCUGGCAGGUGGUCCGGCAUUUCUGAGGACGAGAGAUGUCAUUCCCGAGAAGACAUGGCCCAAAUUGCGAGAGCUCGGUCUGUCAGACUUCGAAACGACCGAAGGAGAUCUCGUAGAUCUACUCCUGCGUCACAAAGAGUCCCUCCGAAGAUUAUCGCUCUCCCACUUAGACCUCGUGGCUGGCGAAUGGGAGUCGGCAUUCCGACGGAUAGGCGGAAAGCUACCAAAGCUGCGCAAGAUCAAGCUUCGCGGUUCGUUUCUUGAGUCGGGCGCGCCUCAUCUUCACUUUGGUAUCCCCGGUGAAGCCAGUCAAGACGAUCCGAUGUGUGACACUAUUGAAGAAUGCAUCCUGUAUGGCGGUGAGCUGCCCGACUUCUCUGACUUGCUUGACGAAGAGAUAGAAUGGGACGACUCGGAAGAUGGAGACAGCUACGAUCACGAGUCGCCGAGCAGGAUUGACGAGGCGGACGCUGGCUACACGUCGGAUGGGUCUGUGGUCUCUUACAGUUCGGACGAGUUCGACAAGACUAUCUAA